CUCGAGGUCGCGGGCGGGCGCCCAGGGGGCCCCCCUGCCGGCCGCCGCCGCUGCCCGCAUGGCGCCGGCGGGGCGGCGCGGCCGGCUGGUGGCGCUGGUGGUGGCUGGGCUGUCGGCCACGCGCGCGGACGACGACGGCUGGCGCCGGGCCGGGCGGGACGCCUUUGUCGGCUUCUUGGAGGCCCUGGGCUGUGAGCAGUGCGCGCCGCUGCGGGACGGCGCGGCGCUCUCGGAGGUGCCCUUCACGCUGUCCAGCCAGGUCUUCGGGUGCGCCGACGUGGACGUGCUGCUGCCCUCCCUGCACUGGCUGUACGAGGCGGCGCGGCGGCGUCUCGGCGGCGAGCCCCCGGGGCUGCUGGUGGACGGCGGCGCGAACGUGGGCCGCGCCACGGCGCGCUGGCUGGCGGCGAUGGGCGACACGUUCGGGCGUGCCACGGCGCGGAACAGGAGCCAGGCCCCCUGCAUCAUCUGCGCCGGCGCCGAGGCGACGGAGGGCCGCGGCGCCGAGGGCGCCGCGUCGGAUCCCCCGGGCGUGGCCGUUGUCGCUGUGGAGCCGUCGCCGCAUAACUUCGCGCUGCUGCAGAAGCACGCGGACGAGUCCGGCUGGGAGCACGAGGGCUUCCUGGCGCUGCGCGCGGCCCUGGGCUCCGAGCCGGGCGAGGCCCCCCUGGCGUUCACCCAGGAGUUCGCCAUCGACGAGACCGCCACGUUGCUCUUCGAGCCGCAGGACCAGCGCCCGACGCAGCCGGUGCGGGUGAUCACGCUGGAGGAGGUGCUGCGGGCGGCUGGCGAGGCGUUCCCGGACAUGGGCGCCGCCGCCACCUCCAGCAUCUUCCUGCUCAAGCUGGACAUCGAGGGCAUGGAGCCCGCGGUGCUGAGGUCGCUAUCGCGGCUGCAGGUGCCCGCGAAGUUCGUGAGCUUCGAGUACGCCGCCAACGUCUGGCAGGAGCGCCUCGGGCCCGUCGUUGCGGGGCUGCACGCGUCCGGCUAUUUCUGCUUCCUGGUGACGAACGAGCGCCUGUUCCCCAUAUCUGGGCCCUUCUGGGACGCCGUCUACGAGCUCCCGAUGUGGAGCAACGUGCUGUGCGGCCAGGAGGGCGACGCCGACCUGGACGCGCUCCUGCAGCUCCACUCGGGCGCAGUGGGCCUCUGGCCGAUGAUCG